CCACAAAAUUAUUAAAGCUCGGUAUCCUUAUUUGGACCUCAGCUUCUGCAUUAAUCUUUCCAUCAGAAAUAAGUUUCUACAACUUUCUAUAAUCUUGUAUUCUGAGGUGCCCAAAUUAUUUCCCCUCUUCAGUUUCAUCCUCUAUUAACAACUCAGCAUAUAAACCUUCGUGGACAUGGCAACAGCCUUGUCCACGAUCAGCGUGCUAUGCUGGAGGAAUCCGCAGAACCUGCUCGUCAUGCCCUCUUCACAUACACCUUGUUAUUCCUCACAGAAAAUUGGGAUUCUAAGAACUGUGGCUGCUUUAGCCGCAGAAGGCAGAGAAAGUGAGAUGUUCUCCUCUUUGUUGGUGACCAGAAGAACAGUUUUGGCUUCUGGGGUUUCCUUGCUGGGUUUCCCGGGUGAGAGUUUGGCCGUGGUGAAACAAGGCCUUCUUGCUGGGAGAAUUCCUGGUCUGUCCGAACCAGAUGAACAAGGUUGGAGGACAUAUCGCAGGCCAGAUGAGAAGUCCGGUGGACAUGGUGUUGGAUGGAGUCCUAUUAUCCCAUACUCCUUCAGAGUGCCUCAAGAAUGGGAAGAGGUACCAGUAUCAAUAGCAGAUCUUGGUGGCACAGAGAUAGAUUUGAGAUUUGCCAGCUCUAAGGAAGGACGCUUGUUUGUCAUUGUUGCUCCCGUUCUUCGAUUUUCAGAUGAUCUUGGUGAUAAUGCUACAAUAGAAAAAAUUGGACCUCCGGAGAAAGUGAUCAAUGCAUUUGGUCCAGAAGUAAUCGGCGAAAAUGUAGAAGGGAAGGUUCUGAGCUCUAAUGUAGCAGAGCAUGAAGGAAGAAAGUAUUACCAGUUUGAGCUAGAGCCUCCUCACAUUUUCAUUACUGCCACUGCAGCUGGCAAUCGCUUAUAUUUGUUUGGCGUAACAGGCAGUGGUCUUCAGUGGAAGAGACACUACGAUGAUUUAAAGAAGAUAGCCGAGUCUUUUCGGGUUGUAUAAUUUGACUCUUCAGUGAACCUAGAGAUCGUUGAAAUGAAACUUUCUGUAUUUGUAGUUUAGUACAAAGAAGUGGUUGUUUCUCAUUACUGUGUCUGAUUGGGAUUUAUGUGGAUCGAAAGAUCAUAUUUGUUGAAUCUUUGAACCAUCAAUGUACCAAAUGAGUUUUGUUA